ACACACAUAUGUAUGUAUAUAUAUAUAUAUUUUUUUUUUACUUUUUAUACUAAAAUAAGAAAAUUCUUUUAAGAAUUUACCACAAACAAUAUAUGUGAACAAUUUAAAUGCAAUAUAUGACAACAGUCACGGCUAAUAUCAUACACUAGAUAGUACAUAAUAUUUCGAAAAUUGUAUCUAAAAUACAACAUUUCUAUUGGAGGAACUAACGGAAAUAAUACGGAAACAGCUGAUUCAAAGAUAAGCAUAGUCUUAAGUAUGUCUUCGUCAAGUCAAUCUUAAAUCUAAUAAGAUUUAUUUAAGUAAAAUCUACUUCACGAAGAUCGUCUUAUUUCACGAUUAUGAAAUCUACUAAUCUUAAGAUGCAUUGUCUAAGUCUGUAUUGAAUAAGACUGACUUGAUCAAGAUCGUCUUAAGUAUUCAACCUUCACACUCGAUUGUGAAUACGGGCCUAUAUUAAUAAAAUGUAUGUGUAAACAUAUGUUUCAUGUCUUUACAUGUACCGUGUCACACGAAGUAUGAAAAUGUUUCGUUGUUGAGAAGAACUCAUAAUUAUUUUACCUAGAAUAUUAAAAAUGAUAAUAACAUGAUAAUUACAUUUUGUUUUUAAUUGUAUAAUAUUUGUAUAAUAUACAAAAUUGAUCUUGCUCAAACGUUUCUUUACCUCCAUUUUGUCUGAAAAUAUUAUAUUUUAACAAACUCAUAUGUUAACGAUUGUUUCUUUUUUUGUUUUAGCGACUUUCGUCACCGAGCCGUGUAUUAACACGUUAACUGCCAUGCGCAUUUCGGAAGAAAUCUCCGUCAGGCCACGCGCGCUGUUUAAAAGUGCGCUAGUAUUGUGGUAUAGCAAUGCCAAGCGCACUUCUAAGAUUGAAACUCGAUGCAGGGCCAAAUGCUUAUAGACAUUCAUUCAACACGUAUAGCGCCAAGUCUGUUUUGUCUUGCUUAUCGUUUGGCCCGCUAGAUAAGAUUUCGUGGAAAUCGGCUUGCGGCCGAGGAUCUGUUUAUGUUACGAUAAAUCAAUAUAAACAUUUUAGAAAUGUUUUACGCUUAUACUCAUUCAGUUCUCUGCGGUUCUUGGUCCAGUGCAGACAAAAAUCUUUCUUUAGCCAUGAAUGUGAGAAUGUCAGUCGAAGAGUGUGAAAGCGAUAGUAAUGAAAUUAUUUUUGCUACAAAAUGGCGUAGAGUGGUUGCUUUUUCGUCAUCAGAGGAAGAGGAGGAGAAAUAUUUAAGUACAUUAAAGAUACGAUCCCGAAAUUACUUAAAAUUUAUUAAAACUAUGUAGUUUUUUUAGUUUUAUAUCGUAUUUUACUUCACCGGUGAUUAACGCGGCCCGAACGGAAAGUUCAGCAUCAGUCACUGGUGACUGACGUGACAGUUAAUGUGUUAACGAUUGAAACUUAAGUUAUACUCUAUAAGUUAUACUCUGUUUUUCUAACAUAUUCAAAUAAAAUAUAAAUUCAUCUAUUUAUUCAUUACAUUUUCAGGAUAAUGUUAGUUAUUAUAAAAAUUAUAAAGUACAUGCCUAAUUUUUAUUUCUUUUUCUAUAUUUAUUUUAUACGAAAUGAGUAAAUAUUUGUAAAUAUUCUUGCAAGUUCUUCAUCCGCCUCAAUCCAAUUAUCCUACAGACAGUUUAGAAAUCUGAUUAGUGUAGGGAACAUUUUCCCUAGUACAUUGAUAGCAUUGCGAUUGAUUCGAUUGGAAAUUCGUUGCUACUCGUUAACACUACAGUUUAAUCACAUACAGUUGCGACAGGGCUAGGAAAUUUGAGGUUCAAUUUUCUUCUGCGCAUACGUUGAUUGUAUAACCAAGAGUAUGACGGACUGUUAUAUAGCAUGGAUGUAGGAAUCCCACACUAUAUAAUAGACCGCGCAGCUAAUGCUUUGCUUUGAGGACAACAUCUCUGUGGUGGGGGAAAGAGCUUGGCAUUCUUGUCUCUUUUUAGCAUAUAUGGAAUUGGCUGCCGCGACGUCGUAUAUAUAGAUGUAGGAGAGGUCCCAUGGGGUACGAGUGGGGAGUCGGAGGAGAAUGCGGCUCUCCGGCGUUAUGCAGAAGACAGCGUGUGUGCUACUACGUGGUCACGCGUACAUGUGUAGUGAUUACGGCUUAACUCUUAUUUUAUUAGUGGACUAAAUGUUUAUUAAUAAUGGUUGCCUACUGUAUAAUUUGUAAGUUGUCAAAAGGUGUAAGGAAAGAGGUGUCAUUUCAUAGUUUUCCAGCUGAUGAAGAGCGUAAAAAACGUUGGUUUGCAAUAUUUAAAUGCAAUCAAGUUGCCAAAACAAGUAAAGUGUGUAGUUUGCAUUUUAAGAAAUCAGAUUUUGUAUAUAAAGUAAUCGAAAGCAAAGUUAUCAAAACUUUAGCUGCUGAAGCAGUACCUUUUAUUGAAAGUUCAGAUAUUAAUAAUUCUUGUGCACAACAUGAUUGUGAAAAUGAACAGAUAACUGCUACAUCAGAAGCUGAAAAAACGGGCAAUAUUGACACAAAUUCACUGCCUCAACCAAAUCACGAAGACAGUGAAUCAAAAAGCAACAAAAGAUUGGAUAAUCAUGAUGAUGAACAAAUCGAGUCACACGAACAGAUGUCAACUUCAUUAAUGGAAAUUAUAAGCGAUACGGAUACAGAAAAUAGUGAUGAAAGUAAUUUAUGUUCUCCAGUAUACAAUUGUGAAAGUAAUAAUGAAAAAAAGGAAUUAAGAACAAAUGAGUCGCUAGCCCCUAUUUCCAGUUACAAGCGUCCCAAAAAGAUACGUUACAUCGGUGACCUUCGCCCAGAAGAUUUCACGUUAGAAGAUGCUUACAAAGCUGUGAGACAUUUUUAUGAGUCAAAUAGAAAGAAAUUAAAAGCAAAUUAUCAAACUAUUAGUCGGUUGAAUUCUAAAAUAACAAAUUUAUUUGAUUGAAACAUUUACAAGAUAUUGGGCUCAUAACAAAAGAAGGUUUUGACGCUUUGAACGUAAGUGUAAAUGUCUAAGAAAAUUCGAGUAAUAUUUUCAAUUAAUUUGUAUAUUAUUUAACCGUUUGAGUGCCAAGCGGCGCGAUCGCGCUUCUGUUUUCUUUUGAAAACUGCAACGCUCUGGGCUGCGAAGCCCAUAAUCACAGC